AUGGGCAACUGUUCUUUUAUUUUACAAUCUUCUUCUGAAGUGUCUUCUGCUAUGCAAACAAUCGAUUUAGAUAAUUAUUCUCUACUUAUUGAUAGUAGUCAAGCACAAUUACGUAUAUCUGCAUUAUUUGCUAUUGUUGGAAAAUAUAUAAAUUCAUCUAAUGGCCAAUUACAAUGGUAUCAUGAGGAAGAACAGUUUGAGAUACCCAAAGGAAUACGUCGCUUACAUAUUGAUCUGAAGAUUUAUGGAAAUGAUAAUCUAUGUUUUCGUGAAUAA